CUGGUGCACACGGCUCGUAUGAAUGCAGAGGUUCACAGAGGCUAAUUUAAGGCAGUUACUUUUCACCACUUUACUAUUUGAAAACAGUUAAGUUAUUCCUUUUUUUAACACCCUGAGAAACGAUCAAUAUAGGUGAUUUCAAUUAGUAAGUCUGCGUGAGAUUACGACGAAAGAGAAGAUUUUAUGAAUGAAGACGAAUAAGUAUGGAAAACAUGGAUAAAAAUAAAAGGGAUAAUAGUUCAGACUUUGAAAGUUCAGAUGAUGACAUGUAUACAAAUGCAGUCGCGAGACUGAAAGCCUUGGAGAAGAAAAAAAAACUUCAGAAAAAGAACAUCGAAGAGGCUUCUUUCAUUUCUUUAGAUUUGUCCAUGCCAAUUGAAAUUCCUGAUACUGACGAAAUUGAAGAAGUGAAAGAACAAGAUGCCGAACCAGUUAUGUGUGAUAAAAGAAUAGAAAGUGAAGCGAUUCCAGAAGUUGAUGCAUCAAGUAGCUUUGAUAGCUCAAAUGAAUCGAUUGAUAAGGGCAUGCAGUCUCCUGAUGUACAUGAAGGGAAAUCAGCUAGUCAGACCCAUUUUAUAGCAACCAUUGUACUCGAUCCAGACGAAAAUGAGGAAUCAAUGGCAGAUGUUUCCAUAAAUUCUAUUUCCGAAUCUGACAAUUACAGCAUUGAAUUAAAAGUACUUUGGCGAUCUCACAAAGUAUUUCGUGUAGACAUGCGCAUGUACGAGCCCUUUCAGAAAGCAUUUGAUUAUUUUGCUAAUUUGGAAAACGUCUCAACUGAACAGGUUUUAUUGCUGAGGAACGACAAGCCAGUAAAACCGACAGAUACGCCAGCCUCUCUUGGAAUAUCUGUUAUAGAUAUUAUUGCAUGGACAUGUGACAUCACAUUCUCUACUCAUGAAUUGUUUUUAGAAACAAGACACAUUGAGAAAGAGGAGAAAAUGGAUGAGGUGGAAGCAAAAAACGUUUCUGUAAACGUGGAAUCAGUAUUGAGUCACGACACAAACAUUUCUGAAAAUGUACUUCGCAAUGUUCAUCAGGUGUUGGGAGAAUUAGCAGAGGAUAUUGGUACUGAAAGCUCUGAUCCUUUAUAUAGCGAGAUUUCAGAGUUACAAUGAAGAUGAUAAUUACUUUGUGGAUAAUAAUGACAAUAAUGAUUGUAUCAUUAAUCUGGAAGAAGAAAACACCGUAGAUAAAGAACAUGUUGCGUCAGAUAAAAAAUACACAACACUUGAAGACCUGAUGGCCGGAAGUGACUUCAAUAAACCUGUAACAGCCUCUGUCACAAAUACGAUUGGCGAAAUAAUAAUAAUGAUAGUUAGGUAUGCGUUUGUUAAUGCUUUAUCUUACACUGCUACUUUACAACUAUUUGCGCUUAUUAAUUGCAUUUUCGAAACUCCUAUAUUACCAAAUACAAAUAAUAUUAAUUGAGAAACUAUUUUAUCCAAAGAAAUGGGCUUCAUCAGAAAGGGUUCAUCAGUGAUAUUUACGAUGGAAAAUUGUAUCAUAAUUUCGUAAAAUCCCUAAGCGUAGUAGACAAACGUCAAUACGCAACGAUAACCUUCAAUACUGAUGGGGCGCCUUUGUUUGAAAGUUCAACUUGUUCAAUUUGGCCGAUUUAUUUGAUGGUGAAUGAAUUGCCGUAUAACGUGAGAACUAAAGAGUUAGUUUCAGCAGGGCUUGGGUUUGGUCAAGAUAAACCGGAUACGAAUAUUUUUCUCGCUCCAUUUGUAAAAAAUAUGAAUAGACUUUCAAGAGAGGAAAUCAAGUGCGAUGUUAAUGGAGUCGAACGUUUCAUAGAAAUUUUUGCGUUAGUUUGCUGUGUCGACUCAGUGGCACGAGCCCCAGUGCAAGGAUUUGUACAAUACAACGGCCACGAUGGUUGCAGUCAGUGUCUUCACCCUGGAGAAUAUGUUCGAAACUCAUCUAAACCACGUUCGGGUGAAUGUGUUAAAUAUCCCCUACUAAAUACCAUUCCAUAAACCCGCAAUUUGGCCGAUACCAUUCAACAUACUGAAAAAGCAACCCCACAAAAUCCAGUCUUAGGCGUAAAAUCGCGAUCACAUUUAAUCGAUUUAGACAAAUUUGAUUUAAUUUGCGGUUACGUACCAGAAAGUAUGCACGUCAGUGCCGGGGUAGCCAAACAGAUCGCCAAAUCAUUGUUUGGAAUCAAAGAAAAAGUAGGGUUAAUGUCUCUGGGGUUAAUACCGGAAAUUUAUACGCUUUUGGCCAAUAUAAAAUGUCCCCAUCAAGUUGGCUUGAUGAGCCAUCAAGAUUAACUCGGCCUUUCUCAGAAAAAGAAUUUUGGAAAGCUAGAGAGUGGGAAAACUGGACAUUAUAUUACAGUAUACCGAUUCUUCUCUAUAUACUGCCACACGAUUUUUUGAUGCAUGGGGCUCUUUUUGUAGAGGCUGUAUAUAUUUUGUCACAAGAACAGAUUGAAAGUCGUGAAUUACAUCGGGCUGAUCAAUUACUACACAAAUUUGUAGCUGCCACCGAAAAACUUGAUUCAAAAGCAGCUAUGACGUUUAACGUCUAUUUACUAUUGCACUUGUCGAAAAGUGUCUACGAUUGGGGACCAUUUUAGGCCCAUAACGAAUUUGCUUACGAAUCAGGAAACGGGCAAUUAUUGAGAGGGAUUCAUUCUGCUAAGGACAUUCACCAUCAAAUAUGUCUUCGAGUAAGUCUGCAGUACAGUAUGAUAAUGUUAAAAAAAAGUGUAACUCUUUCCUUCAAUAUGAGAUAAUUCGGUAGUACUGUUGGUACUAAGAUGGUUAAAAAAUGUCUUUAACUUCUUGGAAUCCGAUACUUUGGUUCACCUUCAAUGAUAAAUAGGUUAUGGAUAGAAAAUUUAAAUUUCACGCCCGAAAGUGCAGUUUCAUAUGCAAAAAUGGUCGAAGGUGGUUGUUUCUUUUCGUCUUCAGAAAAAACUAAUAAGCGCUUAGAUAAUACUGCUACUUAUGCUAUGUUAAGCGACAAUUCAUACGCGAAAUUAGAUUAUUUCAUUGUCGACAGAAAUACUCAAAUGGAGUACAGUAUUGUUCAGAAACUGCAAUUAGUAAAUGCUUUUAGGGAUGAGUACAAAAUGUUGAAAAAAAAUAGAACAAGUAAUUGACGAAGAAUCUGCGGUGCUAAGAAAAACAAUGUCCAAAAUAUGUGUUCACAUAACAGUCAACAAAAAUGAUUAUGUGUGUGACAUGCCCAAUUUAUAUUCUUAUUGAAAACAUAAAUGCAUGUUACGUGUAGAUAUUAAGAGUUGAGUAGAGAAGAGAAAAGAUUGCAAGAUACUGCAUUAAUUAAGAUUAGAAAAACUAACACUACAACGAUAAUUGUUAUAUCUUUCAAAACAAAUGUUCAGAUUUUCAACUUAAUUCACCUUUUAACGAGGGCUGGAUAUGAUGUUGAGUAUUAUGCACCUCGGAGAAGAAGAGGGACUUUUUCGACGAGUGUCAUGAUUUCAGCUUAUACUAGAUUUCGAAUGAAGCAAGCAUUAUUUACGGUAAUUUUGAGGGUAAUUUAUGAUGACUUACCAUAAAUUACCAACAAUUCAAUUUAAAAAUAUCUAGAUUUCCGGAAAUGUAGUAUGGCUAUUUAUAGUAAUUUUAGAGGUAAAAAUGGUAACUUCCCUACUGAAAGAAAUCUCUGAGUAUAUUCUAAAGAUUCACUAGGGUCAGAGAAGCUCAGAGAAAUUCUCCGCAGGCACUCAAGUAGAUAUAUUCAAAGG